CAGAGCACUGAUGAUCUGUGUAGCCCCAGCAGCGCCACCUGUAAGUGUCUUUCAGUGCCAGCUCUCAGUGCUCAUCCAUGCCACCUGCCAGUGCCCAUCAGUGCCACAUUUCAGUGCCCAUCUGAGCUGCCUUUCAGUGCCACCUAUCAGUGCCGCCUAUCAGUGUGCAUCACUGCCGCCUGUCAGUGCCGCCUAUCAGUGCCAUAUGAGUGCUGCCUUUCAGUGCCCAUCAGUGCAGCCUAUCAGUGCCCAUCACUGCAGCCUCAAGAAGUGAUUAAAUACCACCAAAAGAAAGCUCUAUCUGUCACAAAAAAUAAUAAAAAUUUCAUAUGGGUACAACAUGUUUAAUAGCAAAAAGUCAAAUAUAUAUAUAUUUUUUUUUCAAAAUUGUCGGCCUUUUUUUGCUUU